ACAUGUGACCUAUAUAUAUACACUAUACACCUCUAUAAUCAUCAAAUUAAUAUUCAUGACAUGCCAACACGCAUCUCCAUAUUCCUAUUUCAACACAAAAAUAAACACAAGAAAAAGAAAAAGGCAGGCUAGUAAUUACAUUUGAUUACUCCUCCACUUGGUAUUGUAUUGCAUAGUGUAUACCCCUCCAACAUUAACACCAUUAUCUUAAUCACCACCAUCAUCAUCCUCUAAACCGCUCUGCCAUUUCAACAAACACUUGGCGUGCAUCUUAUAUGUGUUGGAAAUAGAAUGAUGGGCAUUAUUUGGGGCUGGGUGGCCGCCGCGCUCCUCUUCUCCGCCGCCGCCGCCGAUCCCAACGACGAGCGCUGCCUCACCCACCUCAGCCAGUCGCUGCAGGAUCCCCUCAGGAAUCUCCAGAACUGGACCAAGGACACCUUCGCCAGCCCUUGCCAGGGAUUCACCUCCUUCCUCGAGGGCGCCACCUGCAACAACGGCCGCAUCUACAAGCUCUCUCUCUCUAACCUCUCUCUCAAGGGCUCCAUCUCCCCCUUCCUCUCCAACUGCACCAAUCUGCAAGCCCUCGACCUCUCCUCCAACCAGCUCUCCGGCCCCAUCCCGCCCGACCUCCAGUAUCUCGUCAACCUCGCCGUCCUCAAUCUCUCCGCCAACCACCUCUCCGGCGACAUCCCGCAGCAAUUGGCCCUCUGCGCUUACCUCAACGUCAUCGAUCUCCACGAUAACCAGCUCUCCGGCCUAAUUCCGCAGCAGCUAGGGCUUCUGGUGAGGCUCUCUGUCUUCGAUGUCUCCAAUAACAAACUCUCCGGCCCCAUUCCCUCCUCCCUCGGGAACCGGAGCGGUAACCUGCCCCGCUUCAAUGCGAGCUCCUACGCGGGGAAUAAGGGCCUCUAUGGCUACCCCUUGCCGCCGAUGAAGAGCAGCGGCCUCUCCGUUCUGGCCAUCGUCGGGAUCGGGCUCGGCAGCGGCCUUCUCAGCUUGGUCCUCAGCUUCACCGCCGUCUGCGUUUGGUUGAGAGUCACCGAUAAGAAAUCGGAAAACGAUGAAGGCAAGAUCAGCCAGCUUAUGCCCGAUUAUUGAGAUCGUCAUUCAUUAAUUGCUCGGAGAUUAUUUAAUUUUGCAGUACAAAUAUGUAAAGAAAUGAAUGAAUUUUGGAGUUUUGAAUCCGUGUGUCGGAAAAGUAAAUUUGUUGGCGUGCGAAAGGAAAUGAAAUGCACAUGACAAUGAUGAAAAUAUGGAAAUGAUUUAGUGAAAUGCGCAAAACGACUUUCCGGCAUCGUUUACCAGAAAUGUUGGGUGGCUCCAUAAUUUAAGGUAAGAAGGCACCCACAGCUCGUGGCCCUUUUACUUAAUUACAUGGAAUCGAAAUAUCUGCUUUUUCCACUCUAUACAAAUUACUACCUUCUUUUCUUUUUCUUUUCAUUCUACCAAUUCUCAAAUCCAUCAUUCAUAUACAAGCUGAGUCCAACUUUGAAACCCAUUUUCUUGUUGCGACAUUCAGUCAACUCUUUUAUGAUAUCAUUUUUAUUGCUUCCUUGGGAUAUUUUUUAAGCUUAUCUGUUCCCUUUCUUUUUUAUUCGCUUUUUAAUACAAUGUAAUGUAAAUACAGGAAAUUUGGGGCCCAGUAUACAUGUAGAAGGGCAGGGGCUCAAGUAUAUAUUUCUUUUAAGUUUUUUUUUUUUAAUGGUUUAUUUGACCAUACGUGACAAGAUUGGGUGAAGUUGGUACAUUGGAUUUGGAAAUAGGAGGGGUGAGCAACAUCCAAUCGAAAUUGAAAUUCGGUGGCAGGGGAAUUAGGGUUGGUUUUGAUGUCAUUUUGAGUUGGGUUCCAUUUUUUAUUUGUAUGUGAAAUCAAAAUGUAGAUUCGGCCGGUUUAGUUUAUUGAUGUAAUUUGCUUUAUAAUUUUCAAUUAUAAAUUUUUAAAGUUUAUAUA